CUCGAGCUAUUGUAAACAAACAAGAAGCAAAUCCAAAGCAAUUUGACUUACUACUCCAUCUAGAAAAAUCAAUGGCGCCCAAGGCAGCAGAGAAGAAGCCGGCUGAGAAAGCACCGGCGGAGAAGAAGCCAAAGGCCGGUAAGAAGCUCCCGAAGGAUCCCUCCGCCGUCGCCGGAGACAAGAAGAAGAAGCGGUCCAAGAAGAGCGUCGAGACGUACAAGAUCUACAUCUUCAAGGUGCUGAAGCAGGUCCACCCAGACAUCGGGAUCUCGAGCAAAGCGAUGGGGAUCAUGAACAGUUUCAUCAACGACAUCUUCGAGAAGCUCGCCGGCGAGUCUUCCAAGCUCGCGAGGUACAACAAGAAGCCCACGAUCACUUCCCGGGAGAUUCAGACUGCUGUGAGACUCGUGUUGCCUGGAGAGCUGGCGAAACACGCUGUUUCCGAAGGGACCAAGGCGGUGACUAAGUUCACGAGCUCCUGAACUGUUUGAGUUAGGGUUUUUAUCUUUUAUCUGGAAUGUCUGAACAA